UUGAGGAAAUCUAAAUGAAAUUCAUCUUAGUAUUACCAUGAAUCCUUUUUCUUCUGCCUGUAAUGUUUAAUCAUCUUUUGUGUUUUUUGUUUUAAUUUGGAGAUUUGUUCUCUUAAUGUUGUUAAUGAAGCAGUGAGAUCUGUUGCAUAGCCUAAGCAUGUGAAAUUAUAUAUUCACCCUUAAAUUCCCGUUUCUCCUUAAAAUACAGAACUUUUAGACAACAGAGUCACAGCCAUAAUCCAAGUAACUUGCCUGGUUGCAGAGCUGAAUUUGAGAGGUUUCAGCACUUCCUCUUUGUAGGCCGUAAUAAAAACAGGAAGCUUGCGUAUCAGGAAAGAACAGUUCAGCUUUAGGCUGUAGUUAUUCGCCCGAUGUCUAGUAUCACGUUGUUAAACUUUAUUUAGAGGUGAAAUCUGUAACGUUUGCUUCCGGGACUCCAAAUCAUGGCUAACACUUUAGAGAAUAUCUCAGAAUGCCCUUCAUCUGACAAGAAAGAAGCUUCAGUAGGGGGUCUGAGCAUUCUGGAGACCUCAAUGCAAGAGAACCAGGAAGAUGGUCAUGUUAUGUUUGAAGACUCUGUGUUUGCUGGACAUCUGCAGGAUGGACUGCACAGUCUUCGGCUGGAAGACAGUUUAACAGACGUCAGUCUCCACGUACAGGGCCAGAGCUUCCAGUGCCAUCGCGUGGUCCUUGCUGCAGCCAGUCAUUAUUUUAGAGCAAUGUUUUGUAAUGACUUGAGAGAAAAACAUGAAGAAACUGUAAAUCUUAAAGGCCUUGAUGCUGACACCAUGAGUAUCCUGUUAGAAUACACUUAUACCAGCAAAGUCACUAUUACCAAGGACAAUGUUCAGAAAAUGCUUGAGGCAGCCAGCCUUUUUCAGUUUCCUCGUAUAGUGGACGCCUGUGCCAGUUUCUUAGCAGAGGCAUUAUACCCGGAAAACUGUGUGGGCAUCCUGAAUCUAGCUGAUGUCCACUCGCUGGAGUCUUUGAAAGCCCAAGUCCAUGCCUACAUUAUCCAAAACUUCUCUCAAGUAGUAGAGCAUGAUGAGAUCCUGGAGCUUCCUGCAGAUGUGUUGGUCAGUCUGCUUCAGCAUGAUGACCUGGGGGUAACAGAGGAGGAACAGGUUUUUGACGUGGUUAUACGUUGGGUCAGGGCCCGUGAGGAUGAAAGGCGGGGUCUGCUGCUCCGUGUCCUCACACAUGUGCGACUGCCAUUGUUGGACCCUUGGUACUUUGUAGAAAAGGUGGAAGGAGACCCGCUAAUCCGCCAGUGUGCCGAGGUGUUCCCGCUGCUGCAGGAGGCCCGGGUUUAUCACCUCUCCGGGAAAGAGGUGAUCUCAGAGCGCACCAAACCAAGAGUGCGGGAGUUCCAGUCAGAGGUGUUUAUGAUCAUUGGAGGAUGCACAAAGGAAGAGAAGUUUGUAUCUGAAGUGACCUGUCUUGACCCACUACGCAGGAGCCGUUUAGAGGUCGCAAAACUUCCAAACACGGAGAUGGAAUCUGAGAAUGAAAAUAAGAAGUGGGUGGAGUUUGCGUGUGUCACUUUCAGGAACGAAGUCUACAUUUCGGGUGGCAAGGAAACAUUGCAUGAUGUGUGGAAGUAUAAUGCAUCACUAAACAAAUGGAUCCAGAUAGAGUACCUCAGCACAGGACGCUGGAGACACAAAAUGGCUGUUGUUGGAGGAAAGGUGUAUGUUUUGGGUGGCUUUGAUGGAACUCAGAGAUUGAACAGUGUUGAAGCCUAUGAUCCAUUUCAUAACUGCUGGACAGAGGCAGCGCCUCUCAUGCUGAGUGUAAGCUCCUUCUCUGCUGCCAGCUAUGACAAAUGCAUCUUUGUGAUAGGUGGAGGCCCCAAUGGCAAACUAGCCACAAACAACAUGCAAAGCUUUGAUUCCCUAUCAAAUAAAUGGAGCUUAAAAUGCCCAAUGCCAACUGAGGCCAAAUGCACAAAUGCAGUGACCUUUAAGGACGCCAUAUUUGUUGUUGGUGGAGCGAUGAAGGCCCUGUACUCGUACAGUCCUCUUGAAGACUCUUGGACGCUGAUAAUCCAGCUGGGCUGUGAGAGGGCCAGCUGUGGCAUUGCUGCCUGCAAUAACAAGCUCUUCAUCACUGGUGGCCGAGACGACAAGAACGAGGUGAUUGCUACCGUACUUUGCUGGAACCCAGAGGCAAACAAGUUGACUGAGGAGUGCGUGCUUCCACGUGGAGUAUCUCACCAUGGUAGUGUAACGCUCAGGAAGUCCUACACACAUAUACGCAGAAUAACGCCUGGAACAGCCACGGGAUGAUAGAUGCAAACGCUUCAGAGACUACUAGAUGAUUUACUCUCAUAUGACUCAACAAACAUUUUCAGGAACCAUGCAACUCAGUGGCAUCUAUUACACUGAUACUAAAAGUGACCUCUUUUGACAUUUGACAGCAGUUUUUACACAUUUUGUCAAUGCAGAGAGACACUUGCACUUUUAAAAGUUAUACAUUUACAGUACAGAUUUUAUACACAGAUAUUUAUUCGGUUGCAGUUAAUAACAUUCUAUUCAUUAACAUUUUACCAUUACGUACUGUAUAAUGUACACAAAAUGCAAUUUAUUAAUCUACAACAUUUUUAAACAAUGAAAACAUGUACAUUUCUAAACGUUUGUUAUUGAUCUUGUUAAUGAUACAUGCAUGCUGAUUUUUUUAUAUAUAUAUCUAGUAAGAUUGACAGAUUUCUUCUUAACCCCAUCAGACCUGAAUUAUGUUUCAAGUUUCUGAAAUGAUUCUUACUAGGACUAGUUGUUGAGGAUCCCUAAUUUUCAGCACAGCAAUUGAAUGGGGAUGUCAUCUUGGGUGGGGUGAACUUUGGCACAGAACUCACGGUGCCGCCUGUGCGAUACAUCUUCAGUUGUGUGCCCGACCUCAUUGGGUGUUUCGGCCACUUAUCACAAGACACCCUCCGCCGGGGUUGGCCCACCACGGGUUGAUCAGACCCGGGUGUGUGUCGCAAAGUGGUGACAUCAUGCGAUCACUUGGCAGCCCAAGCUGCAUCCUUACAUUUCAGCCACAGCCAGUGACUGCUCUGUUCCGUUACAGUGGCAAGUUCUUUGAUUGCCCUUCGUUGGGGCUGCCCUCUGAUCCCUACUUCCUUUAAGAGCCUUGUGGUAGAACUGGCUACAAAACCCCUGUAUCCCACCUCCACUGGCCACACCUUCACAUUCCAUCCCCACCCCUCUGCUUCAGCUGCUAAGUUUGCAUAUCGCAGAUUCUUCUGUUCGAAUGCCUCAUCAAUGGCAUCCUCCCAUGGGACAGUCAUUUCAACAAUGAAGACACGCCGGCAAAACUUGGACCAGAGGACAAGGUCUGGGCGCAGGUUGGUUGCUGCAAUUUCGGGUGGGAAGUUGAGCCUCUGGUUAAGGUCUACUCGCAUUUCCCAAUCCCGGGCUGCGUUCAGCGGGCCAGAGUUUGGGAGUGGUGGCUUAAUCCCCUGUUUCUCCCCUUCCCGCAUGAAGGUUGUUCUCUGUGGGAUGGUAGUCUGGGCAUUUAGAGGCGUGGCGUUGGUGGUUACCCUCUUGUUCUCAAGUUCGGCAGCCAAGCACCUCAGCACUUGGUUGUGGCGCCAGGUGUACCUUCCUUGAGUUAGGCUGGUCUUGCAACCCACCAGGAUGUGUUUAAGGUUUGCUGGGGCUGCACACCGGGGACAGGCUGGGUCUUCUCCAUACCAGAGAUGUAGGUUGGUUGGGGAGGGCAGGACAUCAUAAGUAGCUCUGAUGAUGAAACUUAGCCUAUUAGCCUCCAUUCCCCUCAUCUCACUCCAUGUGAUUUUUCUCCUCUCCACACCCUCCCACUUCAUCCAUCGGCCUUGCUGGGCUUGGGAGACUGCCUUGGCACACCUGGCUGCUUCCUUUUGGUGGCACACCUCCUCCACCACCAUGUGCCUCCAUUCAGUUAGAGUAGCCUUUUGCCAUGUGAGUGUUGCUGCUUCCAAUCCAAGGCCCCCUCUGCCAUGUUGGACCUGCCCCACUAUAUCUCGGUGUCUGAGGGCAGCCUUUGCCGCCGCAACCGCUGUCGCCGGCUUCCAUUUCCUCCCCGUUGCUAGGGUAGGAUCAGCACCUCUGACUACUGGAUCCCGGGAAUCUGUCAGAGUCAUUUCCAGCCUUGCUUUGGCACAUUUGUACUCCUCCACCAGACUCGAGAUUGGCAGGGAGAGGGCUCCGUUGCCAUACAGGCCAAUGCUGGUAAGGCAUCUCGGCAGUCCAAGCCACUUCCUCACUUGUGCGUUCACUAAUCUCUCCAGUCGACUGGCAUGGGAUAGUGUGACCUCAUAGAUAGAGAUUGGCCACAUGAGACAGGGCAGCAGCCCAAACUGAAAGCACCACAGCUUCAGCUUCCCUGGGAGAGCAGUGUUGUUGAUCUUCUUGAGGCCACUGAUUUUA